ACAGGUUUAUGCAAGAGGUGCAGGCUGCAUGACAGAAUACGUGACAAUUCCAUGGAAAUGUGUACAAAAAUCUGAAAUAUCCAUGCAAUAUGGUCAGUCGUAGAGAAGGAGAGAAUGAUUCAGAAGUUGAGAUGCUUCAAGUUUUGUUGGUCAAAUUUCUCAGAUUCUGCUCAUUACUGGGGAAUAAACUGUUUGUGUUUGAUGGUCUUUACCUGGAUUGGUCUAUAUGUACAUUUUUAAAGUUUAAGCAUCGUGUAUUUACAUAACAAACGCUCAGGUGUGACGGUUACACAGAUUUUUCUUCUUUUAUUUUUGUUAUUAUUAUUUUUUUAGUUGCUCUUAUUUUGGAGGGCCUGGAGGGGCGACUUCCGCCGCGCUCGCGCUGAAGACGUGCGGCUUCCUGGCGCGCUCCAGCGGACAGAGCGUGACCGCCUCGUCGGAGAAGCCGCGCAUUCUUCAACGGCGGCAGGUUCGGGGUGGACUGUGACGGAAAUUCGGUACCGGAGCCAGGGAGUUCGGAUGCGGCCCGUUACGCCGCAGGUGGACCGGACCGAGGACUCGCUGCGAAAUGGACCGCGAGCGGCAGCCGGUCACCGCCGUGUUCUUCGGGGAGUUUAAAACUCUGACUAGAGUCUGACCCACCUGGUGCUGCCCAUGGCGGGCUGCUGGCUGUGGUGCCACCGCACCUGCGUGUGCUUCCUGUCGGAGGAGGAGAAGAGGAGCAUCGCUAUAGACCAGGAGAUCCGGAGGAAGCUGAAGCAGCAGAAGCAGAAGGAGAAGAGGGAGAUCAAGAUCCUGCUUCUAGGAACUGGAGAAAGUGGGAAAACCACCUUCAUCCGACAGAUGAGAAUCAUCCACGGGCGAGGCUUCUCAGAGGAUGAAAGAAAAGCCUUCGCCAAAUGUAUUUUCCAGAACAUCUUCACUGCAGUCAAGGCCAUGACGGGAGCUAUGACCAUGCUGAAGAUCCCCUACGCCAACCCUGAGAACCAGAUGUACGCCAAGUUGCUGCAGGAUGUGAACACAGUGCAGAUCACACGGCUGGAGCGGCGGUACGUCGACGCCAUCCGCCGCCUCUGGGGAGACCCAGGGAUACGGAUCUGUUACAGCCGCCGCUGCGAGUACCAGCUCCUGGACUCCACGGAGUAUUACAUGAACAACAUGGAGCGCAUCUCGAUGGAGGACUACAUCCCCACCGAGCAGGAUGUGCUGCGCGUUCGCUUUCCCACCACGGGCAUCCAUGACUACUCCUUCAACAUCAAGACCAUCACACUAAGGAUCGUGGAUGUGGGCGGUCAGAAGUCGGAGCGCCGGAAGUGGAUCCACUGCUUUGAAAACGUCACCUCCCUCAUCUUCCUGGCCUCCCUGAGCGAAUACGACCAGGUUCUGGAGGAGAGAGAGGGCAUUAACCGCAUGAGGGAGAGUCUGGCUCUGUUCUACACCACCAUCCAUUCUCCGUGGUUCCUCAACACCUCCAUCAUCCUCUUCCUCAACAAGACCGACAUCCUGGCCGACAAGAUUCGCAGCUCAGACCUGCAGCAAUACUUCCCCAACUUUGCAGGCAGAAGGCAGGAACCAGAAGACGCCAUGAAGUUCAUCCUUAAGAUUUACGAGCAGCAGGCCAUCAACCUGGACAACAGCGGCGAAAGGAAGACGUUGUACCCGCACUUCACCUGCGCCACAGACACCAGCAACAUCCGCAAGGUCUUCAGCGACGUCAAGGACACGGUGCUGGUCCGGUCUCUCAAGGACUACGGAGUGAUGUGACGGUUCUGGUGAAACCAGCCAAUCGCCUCCCUGUUUGAACGGGCGAAGGCCGAACUGUACAGAAGAAAGACCGUCAUAGACCCGGACACCCGGACCGCCAGCCUCGGUUUGAAUGAGCAAGCUGACGGAGAUGGCGGUCUCUGCUCCCUCGCCAUCGCCCCCUCUGCUCCUCUGUCUGUGGGGAGCGUGGGAAACGCAGAGCUGUAAUCAAACUCCUGAUUCUCCACUCGCUGCUUUUUUUUCUCCCUUCUGUUUGAUUCUGUUAAGAUGAAGAAGUGCUGGGGUCACGCGGCUGGUGAUGGAUCCAUAAUUGAAGCAGGAGCAGAGACGCCGUGUAGCGCUCUGCAGCCGUUAGCCCAGUAAUGACUUUUCCAGGUGAGACGCAGCCGCUCCCACCAAGCCGCCGCCCACUUGACCGCAGAAUUCCAGCAGAUGUUGCUAAAAAAAAAAGCAAUCGUAGACUGUUGGCAGCUCCAGACUUUGUUUUUUUUUUUUAAUUCCAGUUCAGGUAACUGUAGUUGUUAGAAGCCCUUCAGUCCUCACCCGCUCUGAUGUAGAUGAAGCUCUCCUGAUAUUGUUUUCCUGUCAGUCAAAAGCACCUGGAGGGGGGGAGGGGGGGGGGGGGUCAGGUAAUCGGUUUGGGAGACACUGUUGGAUGUUUGUCUGGAUCCCAGCGACUUGAAGGAAACCUGUGACGGCUUUCUUGUAAACUUUCCAUACAUCACUUUAGAUUCCGGCCGUUGGUGACGUUUUCAGGCUUGCUGGACGUCUAAAAGUGCGGGAAAAAAAAGAAAACCGUCGUCUGAAGAAGAGCUGGACUUUUCCCGUAUGUAGGUGUCACCGCUGAUGCUUCAGAAGGAAAACAUUCCCAUAUCUUUAUGGAGAGCAGACAGGAGCGUUUCUGCCGUUCUAACCAGGAAUGGGAUCCAACCUGGGAGUGACGUUAGUGAUGUUGCUCCGAGCUCAGCGCUCGCCGUUUUGAGCGUACAACUUUGAAACGUUUGCGUGCUCGAAAUGUUAGGUUGCCCCUGAAACAGGAAAAUGCUCUGGAGACUCAAAAAACACCUGCAAUCCAAACCAUUUUCACCCGAAAUGGUCAGAAAUUCUUCCAAUGGCGCACAAGCCGGAUUGGAAGAAUUUCUGACCAAUCAGCAUCCAGCGUCAUGCCUGUGAUUGGCUGUUUUUUAUGGACUGUUUGUAACACGACACCUUGCUCUGUUUCAAACGUAGAAGAGAGAAAAUUUCUAUUUUUAUUUGCACAUAUUUUUUUGUGCGAAAUCGUUUUUUGAGCUCAUAAGACGUUUUCCGCUCACAGCAGUGAGUGUUGCGCUUGGAUAGCAGCACCAAAAUCCCUCCGUAGGAGACGAGGAGGGAUUUUCCAUACAGUCACUUCCCAUCAGUCGAAGGAGUUGGAGUAAAAGGGGGAUGUCCUGGCUUAAAUGUGGAAUAAUGCGUGAACUUCUUGAACUUUGUUUUUAUCUUUCAGACUUGUAAUGACUUUCCAUAGAUUCAGACUAUUUGUGACGUUUUCUGGCUUGUUUAGGAUCUAGAGAUGCAAACAUUUGAAGGAAUAAAAUGUCUGAAAACUUACAAAAAAAAGAGAAGUCUGGAGAAUAAAGCAGGACUUUUCCCGUCUGAAGGCGUCACUGUUGGUGCUUCAGAAGGAAAAGGUCUCGUGUUUGAAACCAUUUUCAUGGAAAAGCACAGAGCAUCUCUGCUUCAACCCGUUAAUGCGAUCCUACCUGGGAGGAGGAGGAGGAGUUUCCCAUCAUCCUUCAGUCCCGUGUGGAGGAAAAGGUGAUCUCCUGGCUUGAAUGUGGAAUAACAAUGCGGCGGCAGUGGCGUGGGUGACGGAGGAUCAGGCUGAGGUCUGCAGCAGCUGUGCGCCUCACAUCAUUGAAAUUCAUGAAAUUAACCCACCUGGAAAUGAAUCGCAGAUGAGGCUGCGCUUCUGGAUUCAGCCGCCGCUGUGAUCACCAAACAUGAGAGCUUGGAUUUCUCCUUCGCAUUCAGACGUGGAAGCUCAGUGUUUGGUGUAAAACCUUCAAAUGUUUUCUGUGACACAUCUGUAACCGUUGACUUUGGUCAGAACCAGAUCCUUCACCUGUGGGGGGAGCGACUCCCCACUGCUGACAUUGAAUUGUUGUGUAUAGACUUUGGUGGAGGAAGAAUGCAAAUAUGUUUUGUAGGUAUUCAUUAAAAAAAAUCCCAGACUU